AUGUAUGCCGCCUUGGCCGUGGCGAAUUUGAGCACGUCAGCGGCGACACACCCACAGCUGCUAGAAGAGGAAGUGCUGAGGCAUUUGGUGCCGAUCCUACAAAGUGAGGAAGUGCAGGAGGUCAUCGCCUACGUGUUGAAUGCCUUAGGCAACUUUGCAUGUAGUGAGAUCAUGUGGCAUGAGCUCCAACAGAUGAACGCGGCCGAUGGCAUUCUGACGAUCUUGAAGCAGACACAGCGUGAGGAGAUCAGGAUCAACUGCCUCUUCUGCUUGGCGAACUUGACCGCCGAUCCGUGGCACCGGAAGUGGAUGAUGGGCAAGGAGGUGUAUGAGAUCAUCUGGAGCUACAUGCAGGACCCGAAUUACACCAUCAUGUCCUACAGCUUGGCCAUCCUUCGUGGCCUCGCCGUGGAGACCGAAGCACAAGAACUCUUCCCCUCCAUGGGAUUGGUUCCCUUGCUCAUCGGCAUUUACCAUAGUCAAUGCCCUCAGUCUUUGAAGACUUUGUCGAUGGAUUUGCUGCUCCACUUCUCCAUGUUCAAGCAGAAUGCAGGGCUGAUGAUGGAGAAAGAGGUGGCCCAGGUGAUCGAACUGGCUGGGCGGGGAACAGGACAUGUGGAAUACGUGCCCAUCGGCAUUGCCAUCAUCGCCAACAUCUGUGAGUCGGUGGACUUGCACGACCGGAUUGUGGAAUCGCCCCUCUUCGAAGUCUUAACUGAGCACAUCCACAACGACAACACCAACGCGCCAUGGCAUGUGAUCCGGGCCUUGAUGCAGUUGAGCUUGUCGCCGAAGUACCACCAUGUGAUCCUCACCACGGGCGCCAUGGCGAACGUGUGUCCCAUUGCGCUGACGCAACGUUUGAGUAUCGGGAUGCGCACCAAUGCGCUGCAGAUGAUGGCAGCAGUGUGUGCCACGCAUCCGACCACACCCACAACCAGCGACAUCAUUGACCUGAUGUUCUUGAUCGUGAACUCGGAGGAGAACAUCGACAUCCGCCGCGCGGCGGCGCUGGUCAUCGCCAACGCCUCCUCCGACUCGGGGAACCUGCACUUUAGCUCGAGCACUGUGGACAACACGUCGACCUCGCGGUUAGCGAAGCCGAGGGUCGGGGUGGGCGCCAUGAGCUUCAACGUGGAUGAGGAGAUUGAGAUUCCCAGCUGCGAGCUCAUUGCCACCAAGUGCAUCGGCUCAGGGGUCACCAGUGAGGUCUAUCAAGGCCACUGGACGCGCAUCGGCCAGGUGGUGGCCAUCAAGGCCAUCACGGAGCGCAGCGCCAUCCGCCCGGACGAGCAAUUGGCCUUCGCCCGGGAGAUGCACAUCCUCACCCAGGUGCAGCAUGAGAACUUGGUGAAAUUCUAUGGCGUCUGCAUCGACAUGCCUCCCUUGCGCAUCAUUACCGAAUUUUGUGAAGGCGGCGCGUGCUUUGAAUUGCUGCACAACUCGGAUGAGGUGGACCUCAUCUGGCCGCAACAGAUCAAGAUGUGCAAAGACGUCGCUGCCGCCAUGUGCUAUUUGCACACCUUCGAUCCGAUGAUCAUCCACCGGGACCUCAAGUCGUUGAACCUCCUUCUGGAUCGCCCCGUCUUUGGGCCCACGGAUGAGCCGGUGGUCAAGGUCUGCGACUUCGGCGUGGCCAAACUGCAAGCCAGCCCUGAAGGCUGGGGGCAGAUGACCGCGCAAGCAGGAACGAAACAUUGGAUGGCGCCCGAAAUGUGGAGAGGGACCAAAUACGACGAAAAGGUGGACGUCUUUUCCUACGCCAUGGUGGUCUACGAGAUUGUGUGUCGUGAGGUCCCCUUCGAGCAGGAGGAGCCCGCAGAUGUGGGGAAGUAUACCCUCGCGGGAGUGCGUCCGGACAUGGAUGCCGUGCCUCCCGAUGCACCGCCCACACUUGUGCAGGUGAUGCAGCACUGUUGGGCGCAGGAAAGUCGAGACCGGCCCUCCUUUCCGGAGGUGGUCAGGAUGCUUGCGUCGCUCUGAAAAUCCUUCCCAGAAUGCGUUCCGGACAUGUUUUGGAAAGGUGGAGUGUACCAUUUUAACGCCAAAACAUUCAUGAAGAGCAGAAUGGCUAU